AUGGGCAAAACCACCGCACGCCUCCCCCGCAAAUGGACGAUAGCGGAAGAUCAGAAGCUUCGCGAAGAAGUCGAGGCUCAAAGUAUGUUCGUAACCGAAGGUGAAGUAAAAGACUGGUGUCGCAUUGCAGCAAAGUUGCCUGGGCGUACAAACAAAGACUGCCGGAAGAGGUGGCAUAAUUCGGUCGCUGGUGGAUUGAAGAAGGGACAGUGGGCAAAGACCGAGGAUGUACAACUCUCCAGAGGAGUGCAAAAGUUUGGUCAAAGGUGGACGUUAGUGGCUGAUGUUGUGGGGAGUAGAAGUGCUGAUCAGUGUGCGAAACGCUGGCAACAAUCUCUCAAUCCUGAGCUCGACCGCAGCGAGUGGAGGGACUACGAAGACAAGGUUCUCAUCACAGCUGUUCAAAAGCUCGGCCGUCAUUGGAAGGAUAUCCAACAUCAGCAUUUCCCAGGGAGGUCAAAGAAUUGCAUUAAAAAUCGUUACACAGUCCUGCUUCGAAGGUACCAGAACCAGGGUAUCCCAUUGCCCGAGGGCGCCGAACUUCUAGAACCUCACACCCCCAGUAACAGAACGAGCCCCUUCUCUGGAACUGAUGAUGACAGCAUGUCCUUCACCCCGAGCAUGUACGAUGAUUCGCUGUGCAGCCAAACACAAGUCUCCACGCCCGAUACCCACACCUCGUGGUCCCUCGAUGACGAACCAUUCACUGGUUGGUCUCCCCAAUCAUCCUUCAAUAUCACUUCCAGUCCCUCGGUCUUCGGGAACCUUCAACAGCAUGACCCCCACUCAGCUGUCUCAAAUCCUUCACCCUGGAAUUGGACCGAGCCACCGAUGUCAGGGCCUCCUGCAACGACAUCUAUAGGUUCACCUACAAUAAUGAGUUUAGAAUCGCCAAGAGCACAUCCUGCCAAAACGAGUGAGUAUUACGGUCUCACUCCGCCGGCACUAUCAUCCUACGGCCCGUACGCCACCGCACAAGCCAUGCUAGCCCCAACUUCGGCCCCGACAAAUAGACCCGAGAACCGUGCCAGUUUUCCGGGGACACCUGUCAGAAGUUCCCCUGUGAGCUCGGGCUCCCUGCCAUAUUACGAUCCAGAAGCUGUGGCCAGGUUCUACAAAUAUGGAAUGCAGAGUGGGCCUCCCUUUCGAAUGAUAUGA